AUGAGGACAUCUCCACAUCGAAUUGAUCACUUCCUGGUCAUCUUCUUCAGCUUUGUAGUUAUGGAGUUGUGCAUUUCUGGCGAAAGCUACAGCGUUGGGGUUUGCAAGGAGGAGGAGAAGCAAGCGUUGUUGUGCUUCAUGAAUGAGUCAAAAAUUCCAACGAAUUGGGUUAAUACUACAGAUUGCUGUAGUAAAUGGAAGGGUGUCGUGUGCGAUAAUGUAACUGGGCAUGUGAUUGAAGUCAGUCCAGUACCUAAUCUCGCAGUUAAUUCUUCUAAAGGAGGUAAACUUAGUUCUUGUUUGCUUGAAUUGAAACAACUACGUCAUCUCGAUCUUAGUUACCUCUUUUAUUAUUUUGAAUCGUCACACAUCCCUAGUUUCAUUGGAUCUUUUACAAACUUGGAAUAUCUUCAUCUAUCCUCCUCUGGUUUUCAUGGAAUCAUUCCCCAUCAACUUGGAAAUCUUUCAAGUUUGCACACUUUACGUCUGAGAAGUGACGUGCAGGGUUAUUUAUUUGUUGAUAAUCUUGAUUGGUUAUCAAAUCUUUCAAAUCUAGAGUAUUUGGACUUGACAUAUGUUAAUCUGAGCAAGGCACAUAAUUGGCAAGAGGUGGUUGGCACACUUCCUUCCCUACAUGAGCUUUAUUUGGGUGAUUGUAAUCUUCUAAUUAGAUUUCCUCAUCCAAGUCAUCUUAACAUCAGUGCUUCACUUCAAGUACUUGAUCUUUUCGGGAAUAGUGACGUCAACUCUGUUAUUCCUAGAUGGAUAUUCAAUUUAAAUAACCUUGUUUCUCUUGAUUUAUCAGACUGUGGUUUUCUAGGUCCAUUUCCUAAUGAUCAUUGGAACUUGACAUCUCUUAGGGGUCUAGACAUCAGUUUUAGUGAAAUGAGUGGCUCAAUACCAAGUCAAUUGUUUGGUCUUAGUAACUUGAAAUAUUUGAACCUAUGUAAUAAUCAAUUUCAAGGUCCUCUACCUAAUGGUCGUUGGAACAUGACUUCUCUUGAAUACUUAGAUGUUUCUCAAAACUCCUUGAAUUCCCACAUACCAGAUUCACUUUACCAUUGCACCAAUCUAAAAUCUCUUGAUAUGCAUUCUAACAAAUUGCAGGGAAUCAUUUCCAAAUCCAUUUCCAACUUGACUUUUCUGUCUUACCUUUAUAUGCCUUACAAUAGGCUUACGGGAGAGAUACCAAAAGAAAUUGGGAAACUCAAAAAGUUAUCCCAUAUUCUUUUUUCACAUAACAUGCUCUAUGGCCAUCUUCCUGAGAGUAUAGGGUAUUUGUCUUCAUUGAUAGAAUUGAGUUUUUAUAGUAACAUGUUGGAAGGAAUAGUGACGGAAAGUCACUUUGUCAAUCUCACGAAUUUAAGGAUUUUAGAUGCAUAUGGGAAUAGAUUAAUUUUGAAUGUCAGUCCAAAAUGGAUACCUCCCUUCCAACUUGAAAACCUUGAACUAACUGGUUGGAAUUUAGGUCCUAAAUUUCCUGCUUGGCUACAAUCUCAAAAUCACAUUUCUCUUCUGGCAAUAUCUAAUGCUCAAAUAGAGGAUGAGAUUCCAACAUGGUUUUGGAAUUUUUCUUCCAUAUUGGUUAUAAUUGAUGUUUCACACAACCAAUUGCGAGGUGAUGUUCGAAAUACCUUAUUUCGAUUACCUAAAGAUAGUGUACAAUUACGUGCAUACUUGGGCUCUAACCAGUUUAGUGGACCAUUACCUCGUAUCCCUGUCAACAUGGUUGAAUUAGACCUAUCAAACAAUUUCUUCUCUGGAGAUAUCUCUUCCUUUUUAUGCCAUGCACAAAAUGUAUCAUAUGAACUUCAAAUACUCCUUUUGGGAGGAAAUGGUUUAUCUGGAAAAAUUCCUGAUUGUUGGAUGCACUGGCCACACUUAGAAGUCAUAAAUGUGAAGGAAAACCAACUGAUUGGAAGCAUGCCAAAUUCCACUGGGCUUUUGAAUAGGUUGAAAUCUCUGGAUGCACAUAUGAACAUGCUUUCUGGCGAUUUUCCUCCAUCAUUGCAGAAGUGUACCCUUUUGUUGAAGCUUGAUUUGGGUGAAAAUGGAUUCACAGGGAAGAUCCCAACAUGGGUAGGGACUAGUUUAUCAUAUUUGACGAUCCUCAGGCUCCGAUCAAACCAUUUUUUUGGUGAAUUGCCUCCAAAUAUUUGUCAUCUCUCAUCUCUUCACUUGCUUGACCUUGCUGAUAAUAACUUCUUUGGUGGUAUACCUAUGUGCUUUCGUAAUCUCACCGCAAUGAUCAACAAUACUGACAACAACGACAAGAGUAUGAUGCCUUCUUCACUUAUUUUUGAGAUUUAUCAUGAAAGUGCUUUAGUGACAACAAAAGGACAAGAAUACAACUAUGAUAUCACCAUUCUAAAGUUGUUUGCUAGCUUGGAUCUUUCGAGUAAUGAUUUUUCAGGGAAAAUUCCAAUAGAAUUGACCAAUCUUGUGGGGUUGAGAUCAUUGAAUUUAUCAGGAAACAACUUGACUGGAAAUAUCCCUAAGGAAAUGGGAAACAUGAAGUUGUUGGAAUCGCUUGAUCUUUCUAAAAAUAAGCUUUCAGGUGAAAUUCCCUCGAGUUUCUCAAGUUUGUCAGCUUUAGGUGUUUUGGACUUGUCUUAUAACAACCUAUCUGGAAAGAUACCUUCAGGGACUCAACUUCAAGGCUUUAAUGCUUCGUGUUACAUUGGCAACAAUCUUUGCGGACUUCCACUCCCAAAGAAUUGUAGUGUUGAUGAUGGUCAAAUUUCCAAGCAUGAAAAUAAAGGAGAUGAUGAUGAUUCUGAAGUGGACUGGUUUUAUGUUAGCAUGGCCAUAGGAUUUGCAGUGGGCUUUUGGGUGACCUGUGUAUCUUUGCUUCUUGUGAGCUUCACCGGAAAACACGCUCGUCGGCCGGAUGUGCUGGACGGCCUGGCUCGGUGGUUCGGCUCCAGCGUGGCGGCCGCCUUCUUCUCGUCGCUGGAGCGUUUCUCGUGUGUCAACCUCACCACCUACGACACCGACGAGAAGGAGAUGGAGGAGGAGGAAGACGAAGAGUCCAAGGACGGCUCUUCUCACGCUGGCCCUAACGCCGUUGCCGUUAUCACCGAUAACAACCAAACCUGA